CCCUCCACGUCGCUCUUCGGAUGUUGCGAUCCGAAUGCUGCUUGCUCGCAUGACAACGAAACUUUCGCUGUAGUGUGCACAUGCAAAACAGGUUACACCAACACAGGAGAGGCGCCAGCGGUCAUAUGCUGUGGUUAGUGCCUUCGGAGUUUAAUUGCCAUUUGACUCAUCUUUUCAAUCUACACCAUUUCUAGACAGCUGCACGGUACACAACGGAGGGUGCGAUCCUAAUGCUGCUUGCUCGCAUGACAACGAAACGUUCGCUGUAGUGUGCACAUGCAAAACAGGUUACACCAACACUGGAGUGGCGCCAGCGGUAACAUGCUCUGACAGUUGUGCUGUGAAUAAUGGUGGGUGUGAUCCAAAUGCGGAGUGUUCGCAUCGAGUUUCGGACUUUGCGGUUGUUUGUGAAUGUCGAGUAGGAUAUGUUAAUGUUGGAACGGCUGAUCUGGUGAAGUGUAGUGAUGGUUGUUAUGUGAAUAAUGGUGGAUGUGGUGAUAAUGCGGUGUGCAGCCAUGAUUUCAAGACAAUGAUGAUUCAAUGUGCAUGUAUGAUUGGGUACACGAAUUCUGGAAAUGGGAGCAAUCUCAUGUGCACGGAUAGUUGUAAAGUUAAUAAUGGUGGCUGCGAUUCAAAUGCCACUUGUACGCAUGAUUCUGUGACAUUCGCAGUGGUGUGCAGUUGUCCAAUUGGCUUCGUUAGGUCGGGUUGUGACGUUACUGCUGGAUGUGUGGAUAGCUGCAAAGUGGAAAAUGGUGGAUGUGAUGGAAAUGCUGCUUGUGCGCACGAUUCUCUAACCAAUGCUGUUGUAUGUACAUGCAAUAAGGGUUACACAAAUACAGGUUUUGGUAAUUCGGUUUAUUGUACAGACAGUUGUCAAGUGAAUAAUGGUGGAUGUGGUUCGAAUGCUACAUGUUCCCAUGACGCCUCAACCAAUGCCGUUGUUUGUAGUUGCAAAAAUGGAUAUGUUAAUAGUGGCACAGGUUCUGCCAUCCAAUGCACAGAUGCCUGUCAAAUGAAUAAUGGUGGAUGCGAUUCGAAUGCUACAUGUUCCCAUGAUGCCUCAACCAAUGGUGUUGUUUGUAGGUGCAACAAUGGAUUUGUCAAUACAGGUUGUGAUACUACAGUUAAAUGUACAGACAGCUGCCAAGUGAAGAAUGGAGGAUGUGAUUCGAAUGCAGCUUGCUCACAUGAUGCUUCAACCAAUGCAGUUGUAUGCACUUGCAAGUCUGGCUACACAAAUGUUCCUACGGGAGGAGUCGUGACAUGUAUUCAGGUGACAACAACUCUAGCUCCUGGAACUCAAAAAGCUCAUUUAAACUCAACACAUGUUGGUUCAACAAAUCCUGGAUUCCAACAAGGUGACUGCCCAGUUUCAGCAAAUGGUGCAUUUGGAUGGCAUUUCGUCUUGACGGGUACGUCAACCUCAAUUGUAUCGAUCCGUUGUGUGUUUAACUCAGCAGGUGUUGUAACUUCUAUGAUACAAGUACCAAGUGACAAACAUGCAUAUGUGUUCACACGAACGGGAGAUACUCUUUUGGAAGCAUCGGCUGUUGUGAAUGGUCCUGACACAGAAUUCAAUCUCAGUAAUGUCUGCAACUCAAUAUGA